AUGCCGUUGAUGACGGGUGAGAAGCCAUCGAGCAAGUUUCGUGUUGUUCUGGCUCGCAGCAGUUUGAGUGAUCCCUGCUUGGGAGUCCCCUGUAGUAACUCAGUGCCUCCUGCUGAUGGGCCUCAACGCGAUGUACCGUGUUGCUCCGCUGUCACGGUGAAUUCAGCGAGUGUGAAGUCGGACGUCAUGCAUGCGGCGGACUUUUCCCAGCGAGGACGGUACGGUGGUGCCAUUGUGAGGGUGAGCGAGCUGCAGAGGUCCGGUGGCACGCUGCCAACCGUUUUUUCAUCCUGCGAGGAACCGUGCGGCAAUGAGGGCAAUGUGAAGAGGAAGCCCCCGGCGAAAAUAGUUUGGCAUGCAACGGGUAUUGCGGAUGCCAAAAGGGGAAAGGUGUCUUUUUUGCCCGACGACACUGCUGCGACUACGAUACCGGCACAGGAUGCAGUGGGUGGCGGGAAUGGAGGAAGGCGCAUGCCCACCAGGCGCGGUAAAAGGAGGGCCGGUGGCAGGGGUAAAAACAGCCGAGCCACACCGCGAUGCAAGAUAGAGCGAGUGCGAGAGAAGAGCAAUAGUUUGCAGCUAAAACCCAAUGGAGAGCCAUAUGAGCAUCGUUGGUCCACUGUGAACGGCCGUCGUCAGCUGCAAUACGGCGGUCGCACGUACAAGGGUAGAGCCGCCCACCAGCUUUGGAGUAAAAUAAAGACCACACACUCAUCGAGGGGUCCGACUUCUUCACAUAGGACUUCCAUAGCAAAAAACAUGAAAAUGCCAAAAAGGGAAAUUAGGGAACGUGCACGUACUGGAUUAUUAGGCGCAGCCGACACCUUUUCAACAAGUUUUGCUGUUACGAAUUCUGUGACGACAAAUCCCAGGACGUCAAUGAGCGCCCCUCCUCCAACUUUGGUCUCUAUAGCACGAGCCAAACUGUUUCUUGAUGAUGACGAGGAACCCCUGCUGGAAACGGGUGCGAGUGCCAAUGUAGUAUUUGUUUCCGAGGAUGAUGAAGAGACGGUAAUUAGCCCGGAGACCUCGGAAAUUUCGAGUUUGACAUCUUUUGGAUCAGACAAUGAAAAACUGGCUGGCAGCGAAGGUAUUUUUGGCAGCACGAGCUCGUUCAGCACAGAUGAUGGAUAUCGUCCUGGUAGGAAUUUCACAAUGGCACCUGUGAAUAGCCAAGACGUUGGCUCUUCAGCGGGAAAGAAGCCACCUGCGGUGGUUGAGCAUGAGGGAUGGCUGUACCCAGCAGAGUUGGUGCCGGUUUUGUGUGAGCAGAGGUUUGCUCACACUUCUUCAGCCCCCAAAGAGGUUGGGAAUGCUGGAACGAGGGGUAAUGGAACUACAGGGACAAGCAGCCGCAUGGGAUCAGAGGAAAACAAUUUGGAAAUCCGUCCGAGGGUGAAAGGUUUGACUUUCCUUGGUUGGGGUGACUGUGCAGAUGUCUCUUUGUCGCUUCACCAUCGUCGGGAUGACGCGUCUAUUGCUCCCAGUUCGGCGUACCCCUUGCGCUACGAGGAGAUGGAUGCGUUGGAUGACUUUUUGGAGGUAGUUGGAGAGGAUUUGUUCGUGGCAGGCGAUGAAAUUGGAGGUAUGCGAUUUGCCCCAUAA